CCUACAAAUGUGCAAAACAGAUAACGAAAUAUUAAAGAUAACUGAGAAAAUGAUUUCAGAUAGUUACACCUCGAGAAUUCAUUCAAUAAAUGUACCUGACUAUGAUUCAUUCGACGUGUUAUUCGAUAAUAAGACAGCUGAAAAAGACUGGACAGUUAUCCAACAGAGAGUAGAUGGAAAAGAAAAUUUCUUUCGCGAUUGGAAUACGUACGUAGCAGGCUUUGGAUCUUUUGAGGGAGAUUUCUUUCUAGGCCUAGAGAAGAUUCAUCGACUAACGUACUCGACACGCUAUCAACUCCUGAUUCGCAUGGAAGACUUCUAUGGGAUUAUACGAUACGUUGGCUACGAUAAUUUUAAGGUUGACGGAAAUGAAACGGACUAUACAUUGAGCAGUUUGGGUAAAUAUUCUGGCGAUAAAGACGAUCAAUUAAGGGCGGACGACAAUUUAGGAUGGCACGAAGGCAUGAAAUUCUCAACGUUUGACCGCGAUAAUGAUCUGUGGAAGGACGAGUGUGCAAAAAGUGAUAGAGGAGGAUGGUGGUACAAUCAGUGCGCAGCUUGCAAUUUAAAUGGAGAAUUCUCAGUGAUGGACGGCAAGAACAACACACAUAUGUAUUGGGCAGACAAUUUGCCUCUCAAGAGUGUUCAAAUGAUGAUACGAAAAUAUAAACCAUUGUAACAAAGUGAAUUACAAAAUAAUGCUGUCGAUUAUAAUUGUAUCAGCUGUCUAAACCACUUUCCGUUUGUAUUACAAAAAAGGUCAGCAUGUUGACACUGGGCGUAUACGUGAUAUGCUGAUUAUGAACAUUCAACCGAUGACGUUUGCCUGGCAGAUUACUUCAUUGUCUACACUACAAUAAAUAAAAUUAUAAUCGAGAGUAAGCGUAAGAAUAAAAAUCUUCUAUGAGGUAAUAAAG